CCUUCAUGCUUCCUCUCCCGUGUAUAAAAGAACCCCACCCAGAUCGACGUUAAUCUACCAGCACUUGUCCUAUUUGAUACCGAGAUUUCUAUCCGCAGUCGUCAGAAACCAGCAUGAACGAUCCCAAGUACUCAUAUCCCUAUCCUUCCCAAGCCCCUUAUCAAGGGCAUCCAGUGACGGCGCCGCCGCAGUAUGCGCCGCCUCAGUACUAUGCGCCUCCGCCUCCGCCUCCGCCCUCAUCUGCACAGAAAGAACGCAACUUCAUCGAUGGAUGCCUUGCAGCUCUGUGUUGUUGCUGCCUCUUGGACGAGUGCUGUUGCGAUCCGUCCGUCAUAUGCGUGUGCUAGGAUCGCGCCGGUGGCCGACCAGCGACCGCGAGAGCAGGCAUCAUUUUAAACACCCGUUUCGAUCUCUACUAUUGUUCUAUACUCUUGUGUGUUGCUAAUAAUGUGGUCUAGACCUUCAACUGCGCCUUGUCGAUCGGCUUCUUGUGUACACUUCUUGUCAUGAAAUUUAGGCCUGCAAUUGUUUACGGAAUAGAGCGAAGGAGAAUAUCUAAUAACCGAUCGACACUGAUCGAUGGAGAACAGAAUCGUACAGCACGAUAGCUGAUUUUUAAUUAUUGUGCAAGCAUUGGAAUUCAUUCUUUAUCCGCUCAAA